UUCCUUAAAUGAUGCCAACCUUUCCACUCCCCCUCUCUCUCUCUCUCUUUUUUCCUUGGUAUUAGUAUAGUAUAGUAUUCCACAUUAGUCUCCCACUCUCCAGUUGCAGGCGCCGUUCUCUCUUUUCGCUCUCUCUCUCUCUCUCUCUCUCUCUCUCUCUCUAAACCACUCUCUCCUCCGUCUAGUCCCGGGAGAUAGCAAACUCCACCACCAUCUUCAUAAUACCACGUAUCUCACUCUCGCCUUCUCGCUCCACCACCAAGUACACAAUAAAAGAUGAUAGAUUCUUCAAAUCUUCCUCGGUGGCUUGAAUCCUUACUGAGAGAGAAGUUUUUCAACGCUUGUAUAAUUCACGAGGAGUCAAAGAAGAAUGAAAAGAACAUCUUUUGCUUAGACUGUUGCGAUAGCAUUUGCCCUCACUGCUUAUCUCCCCACCGCUCUCACCGCCUCUUACAGAUAAGAAGGUAUGUUUAUCACGAUGUUAUAAGGUUGGGUGAUGCUGAGAAAUUAAUGGAUUGUGCCUUAGUUCAAUCUUACACCACAAACAGUGCAAAAGUGGUGUUUUUAAAUCAAAGGCCACAGACUCGGCCGUGUAGAGGCGCCGGCAACAUCUGCACCACCUGCGACAGAGGCUUACAAGACCCAUACAUCUUCUGUUCUCUCUCCUGCAAGCUCCGACAUAUACUGAGAACUGAGAGUAGUAGUCUUCUUUCCAAGUAUAUCUUCGAGUGCGAGUACCUUACGUUGUCUGAACCGGGCUUUGACGACGGUCAAAUGACGCCUGAUUCGGUCCUUGAACUGGCCGGCUCGUUGAGGACCUCCUCCGGUUCAAGUGGUGGCGCCGCCGGGGGAGUGGGUUGUACGGCGACGACGGAGAUUGUGAGGAAGAAACGCAGCGGCGUUCCGAUGUUUCGGGCGGCGUGCCGGCCGGUAUCGGGGAUUUCGGUGGGGCUGAUGAACCGCCGGAAGGGAACUCCUCACCGGUCUCCACUUUAUUGAUUUCUGUACGAAAAAAGUGAUGG